GGAGAAGAAAAGAAGGAGAAUAGAGGAGCUGCUGGCUGAGAAGUUAGUGCUGCUGGGAGGCCGGGGUCCUCUCCGGAGACCCCCGCCUCCCCCUAAUCCCAGGCCUAGGGGACCAGCCGCAGCGGGCCCGAGGGUGCUGGGAGGGGGUCACCUGGAGCAGGCCGCGCGUCCUCACCCCUGACCCCGUCCCCAGCUCGAGCCACCGGCCGGCUGCUCCCUGGCUAUGCUCCUGCAAAAGCCACCCGGUACUCCCCUCUUCCUCCAACCCAAAUUGUCAGAGCUGUGACCUUGUGGCAAGUGAAUCCAAUCUAAAUCUAAAUGGACACGAGGCCUGUUUUGGGUCCUUGAUGAACACUGAGACAAUAGUACACAUAAACUUUUUAUGAACACUCCGUGAAUCAGGAAUUGUGUUAAAACUUGUCAUUUUUGCAAGGUAAUUGGGUCUUAAAGGACACGGCAACUCACUUGCUCUCUCAUUUACCACACAACCUGUAUUAAAUACUUAGUUUUUUUUGAUGCCGCAGACUUUAAAAUUCUUUUCAUAUGGCCAAUCCUACGUGAUUCCUCUCCCCGCCCUCCGUGGGAAGGGGGAAAAAAUACUCGUGUAUUGGGUGUGGUGAUUCAUAAUUUCUGUGUCAGCUCUCAGUAGUACUUUGGUCUUUUCCAUGCCCCUCCCUAUGGGUGAAUUUCAAAUGCAAGGGCUCACCCUUUCUCACCGCUUAAUUCCCAACUCAGCACGAAAUAACAAAGUUUGAGCGCUUGCUGUCUGCCAAGAGCAGCCCCUAAGUUCAAUACCUGAUGAUCUCUUUACCUCAUGACCAUCAGAAGUAGUUGCAGUCUACAGCUGAAGUUUCUGACAGUUAAGGAAUCUUCUCAAAGCUAGAGUGUGCUUGGUUAUGGCGUGAGACCCAGCAUUGCAUCAGAACAUCAGCUAUGCAAUAAUGGCUGUUGAUGGUGGGUGUGGGGACACUGGAGACUGGGAAGGUCGCUGGAACCAUGUAAAGAAGUUCCUCGAGCGGUCUGGACCCUUCACACACCCCGAUUUCGAACCAAGCACUGAAUCACUCCAGUUCUUGUUAGAUACAUGUAAAGUUCUAGUCAUUGGAGCUGGUGGCUUAGGAUGUGAGCUUCUGAAAAAUCUGGCAUUAUCUGGUUUUAGACAGAUUCAUGUUAUAGACAUGGACACUAUAGAUGUUUCCAAUUUAAAUAGACAGUUUUUAUUUAGGCCUAAAGAUGUCGGAAGACCCAAGGCUGAAGUUGCUGCAGAAUUCCUAAAUGACAGAGUUCCUAACUGCAACGUGGUACCACAUUUCAACAAGAUACAAGAUUUUAACGACACUUUCUACCGACAAUUUCAUAUCAUUGUAUGUGGCCUGGACUCUAUCAUAGCGAGAAGAUGGAUCAAUGGAAUGCUGAUAUCUCUUCUAAAUUAUGAAGAUGGUGUGUUGGAUCCAAGCUCCAUUGUACCUUUGAUAGAUGGGGGGACAGAAGGCUUUAAAGGGAAUGCCCGAGUGAUUUUGCCUGGAAUGACCGCUUGUAUUGAGUGCACUCUGGAACUUUACCCACCACAGGUCAAUUUCCCCAUGUGUACCAUUGCAUCUAUGCCCAGGCUCCCAGAACACUGUAUCGAGUAUGUGAGGAUGUUGCAAUGGCCUAAAGAGCAGCCUUUUGGAGAUGGGGUUCCAUUAGAUGGAGAUGACCCUGAACAUAUUCAGUGGAUUUUCCAAAAGUCCAUAGAGAGAGCAUCACAAUAUAAUAUUAGAGGCGUUACCUACAGACUCACUCAAGGGGUGGUAAAACGAAUCAUUCCUGCAGUAGCUUCUACAAAUGCAGUCAUUGCAGCUGUGUGUGCCACUGAGGUUUUCAAGAUAGCUACAAGUGCGUACAUUCCCCUUAAUAACUACCUGGUAUUCAAUGAUGUAGAUGGGCUGUACACUUACACGUUUGAAGCAGAGAGAAAGGAAAACUGUCCAGCAUGUAGCCAACUUCCUCAAAACAUUCAGUUUUCCCCAUCAGCUAAACUACAGGAGGUCUUAGACUACCUAACCAACAGUGCUUCUCUGCAAAUGAAGUCUCCGGCUAUCACAGCCACAUUAGAGGGGAAGAACAGGACACUUUACUUACAGUCAGUAACGUCUAUUGAAGAACGAACCAGGCCCAAUCUUUCCAAAACAUUAAAAGAACUGGGACUAGUUGAUGGACAAGAACUGGCUGUUGCUGAUGUCACUACACCACAGACUGUACUAUUCAAACUUCAUUUUACUUAAGGAAAAUAAAUCUGCACAUAAUAGAAAAUUCAUAGAAAUAAUAUACUUUAUAAAUGAUAUGAAAUUGAAGAGCCUGGAAGAUGAGGCAGAGGGGAACAUCCAAGAAAGGAAAUUUAAUUGGUGUCAUUUUUAGCAUUAGUGUGGCUAGAAUUUGACUUUUAUAUAUAUACAUAUAUAUAAAAAAGGACUGACUCUUUUUUAACUUUAUAAGUUUCUCUUGAAGACUGAACUUUGGGGUUGGGCUAGCAAGCAUUUUCAUUUUAUUACUAUGGAAAGCUAUGCCUUCAGGAGAGAUUAUGAACAAGUGUGUUGCUUCUUUAAAGCAGGACAAACACUGUCUUGUGUGUGAGUUUGUUGUGGUCAAAGAGCAUAUUCCUCAGCGUGUAUCUGAAAUCCACAUGUGUAGAAAUGUCUCCUGGGAUGGAAAUGAGGAGCUAUGUCUGAAGAAUAGUAAAUAUUCACAGCCUGACAUCUAGAGUAUAUCAAACAUAGGCAGUGUCUUCAUUGCUACUCAUAUAAUUGUGACUAUCCAUGUGUGUAUUAAUUAUUGCAGAAUUUAACUUGUCCAUGAUAAUUUGUAAACAGUAUUAUAGAUUCAUACCUGUGCAUGAAAAUACAAAAUAUUUUCAUGUAUUUGUUUGCAAUGCCACAGAGACCAGUAUGCACAAAUUUAAACCAAGACAUGGCUGUUCAAAGAAAAUUAAUGUUUAAACAGUUAUCAUUGAUGCUUUUGCACUAUUUAUUAAUAAAAUUGUACAUUGUCUUUUUAUUGGAAAACUUAAAGUAUAUCAAUAAUAGUAAAUAACUUUA